AUGUAGGAAACUAACAAAGGCAGAACUUGCAAACAAAGAAGCUCAGUUCACACAAAAGAUUAGAAAAUAAAUACUGAAAGACGCAGUCUGAAUGUUGAUAUGAACAACUAUACGCCUAAGUAACCCAAAUGGGCUGAAAAGACUAUUAAAAAUAUGAACAGAUGUUCCUUUACAGAUCUUAGUGAAUAAGAUAAGAGGGGAUCUAUGAGCACCCUAGCUACAUUAACAACAAUGAGCACCGACUUUUAUGUUUAAGACGACGAUCCUAUUGAAGAGUAGACAUCUUCAAGUGAUGAAUCAUAGAGCAAUGUAAAAUUUAAAACAGAAAUGUGCAAAAAUUGGAGUCUGUUGGGUAGAUGCAAUUAUGGAAAUAAGUGUUAAUUUGCUCAUGGUUAAAAGGAGAAGAUAAAUCGAUAGUGUAAUUAGAAAUACAAAUCCAAACUCUGUCGAUCUUUCCAUUAAGAUUAUGUCUGCUUUUAUGGAGCUAGAUGCUAAUUUAUUCAUGAAAGUAGAAGUGUUGACCAGAUUCGAAAGGAUUUCAAAUCUUAGACUUCCUUCUAUUAGCCUUCUUCAAACUAAUUGAGAUUGAAAUCUUUUCAGCUCAUAACAAGCGAUUGGAAACAAGAAAUUCCAUUGCAAGAAUGUUUUCAGCUUUGGAAGACUAAAUUAUUAUUAUAGAUCAACAUAUCCUCAAGUAGUGAUUGA